AUGUGUCGGGGUGAAGUUCGAGAUGUCCACGUCAAACGCUUGCGGUUCUACGCCGAUGCCGCUCUCGAGAUCACGGCCGAGUUGAAUGACGAUUUUCAGCAUGCUUUCACGCAGGGGGCGUUCGAGAUGGCAGCGAUCGUGGACGUGUCCGAGUCGGAAGAUGGCCCUGGGUUUGAUGUAGAAGUGGAGUGGGUUGGUUUCGAUAAGGAUGAGAACAUCUGGGAAGAGCUGUCGAAGAUCUGA